AUGAGUGGAGCAUCUUUUAAUCGUCUUAGUGCUUUGUCACAUACCCUUCAAAAACAAUUCACAUCCAAGCGUGUUUCUGUUGGAGUUAUCGGCUCUGGUAAUUGGGGUACUGCCAUCGCAAAAAUAUGCGGAGAAAAUGCUGAAGCUCAUCCGGAACUCUUUCAUCCUCAAGUUCACAUGUGGAUGUAUGAAGAAAACGUCGAACACCUUGGCGAAACUCGCAAACUUACCGAGAUAUUUAAUUCGACUCAUGAAAAUAUAAAGUAUCUGAAGGGUGUUCAGUGUCCCUCUAAUGUUUAUGCCAACCCCGAUAUUCGCGACGUUGGAGCCAGAAGUGAUGUCCUUAUAUGGGUCCUUCCCCAUCAGUUCGUUGUGCGAGUCUGCGAUCAACUAAAAGGUCACUUGAAGAAAGAUGCCGUUGCUAUUUCUUGUAUCAAAGGAGUCUCAGUCAGUGCCGACCGGGUUCGUCUUUUUUCGGACAUCAUUCAGGAACGUACCGGUAUGUACUGUGGUGUUCUUUCCGGAGCAAACAUCGCCAGUGAGGUAGCAAAGGAAAAAUUUUGUGAAACAACUAUUGGGUACGAUCCUGAUAAUUCAGUAAAUCCUUUAUAUACUCCUAACACCAUACGUUCUGUGUUCAAUCGACCCUACUUCCGUGUUCAAGUAGUCAAAGAUGUUCCCGGUGUAGCUUUAGGUGGUGCCUUGAAGAACAUCGUCGCCGUUGCUGCUGGUAUUAUUGAUGGACUUGAACUGGGCGAUAAUACAAAAUCGGCCAUUAUGAGAAUUGGCCUUGCAGAAAUGCAAAAGUUUGGUGCUAUGUUUUUUGAUUGUGAUCGUCUUACAAUGAGUGAAGAAUCUUGUGGUAUUGCCGAUUUGAUCACCACUUGUCUUGGUGGUCGUAACCGUAAAUGUGCUGUUGCUUUUGUUAAAACUGGCAAGCCUAUGCAUGUAUUGGAGAACGAGCUUCUGAAUGGCCAAAAGUUGCAAGGUGCAGCUACUGCUAAAGAAGUUCACGAAUUUUUGGAGCAUCAAAAUAAGGUGGAUGAAUUUCCUCUUUUCAAAGCCGUGUACAAUAUUGUCUUUAAAAAUCUUCCUCCGAAUAAACUACUGGAAGCUAUUUAA